UAAAGUUCGAGUUACGAAUGUUGAAUGAUAAUACGAUGGCUCCGGGGACACCGUACUUUUAAACCACGAUGACAAAAGAUGAAUACAGACUCGCCCCCAACAGUUUUUCCCCACGGAAGAGAGGGCGAUGGACGACGGAGCUCUCCUCCUUCCCCACGGAAGCUCCGACGUCGUCGACGGGGCCGUCGACUACGCCGGCCGACCCGCCUCCCGCUCGGCCACCGGCCGUUGGAUCUCCGCCGUCUUCAUCAUAUGGGUGGAGAUCGGCGAGCGGUUCACCUACUACGGCGUUGCCAACAACCUGAUCUCCUACCUCACUGGCCCGCUGCGCGAGUCGACGGCGACGGCGGCCGCAGCCGUCAAUGUGUGGAGCGGCGUGGCGUCUAUGCUGCCUCUCCUAGGCGCUUUCGUCGCCGAUUCCUAUUUCGGGCGCUACUGGACCAUCGUCGGCGCCUCCCUCCUCUAUAUGUCGGGAUUGAGUUUGAUGACGCUUUCUUCCCUGCAUUCAUCGCCCUGCGGCGAGACCGCCACCACGGACCCCGCCGACUGUGCGCAGGCCGGACAGGUGGCCUCCUUCUACGCCUCCCUCUACCUCAUGGCGCUUGCCCAGGGCUGCCACAAGCCCUCCGUCCAGGCCUUCGGCGCCGACCAGUUCGACGACGGCCACCCUGCCGAGCGCGCCGCCAAGAGCUCCUUCUUCAACUGGUGGUUCUUUGGCCUCAGCGCCGGCAUCCUCGUCGCCAACCUCCUUCUCACCUACAUCCAGGACUACGUCAGCUGGGCCCUCGGCUUCGGCAUCCCCUGCCUCGCCAUGACCGCCGCCCUUCUCCUCUUCCUCCUCGGCACCAAGACCUAUCGCUUGUACCCGGUGCGCACCGAAUCCUCGACAAAUUGCCCCAGUGAUGGCCGGCGUGGAGACUUGAAGCGGUUGCUCCCGCUGGUACCGAUAUGGGCGACCUUACUCCCUUACGCCGUCGUCUUCUGCCAAUCGCCGACGCUCUUCACCAAGCAAGGCGCCAGCUUGGACCGGCGCCUCGGCCCCAACUUCGAACUCCCGGCGGCGUCCCUCCAAGUCUGCUCCAGCGUCGCCAUCAUCACCUUCGUAGCGGUCUACGACCGCCUCCUCGUCCCACUCGCCCGGCGCCUCACCAAGCGCCCCUCCGGCAUCACCAUGCUCCAGAGGAUUGGCGCCGGGAUGUUCAUCUCCCUCGUCUCCAUCGUUGUGUCCGCUUUAGUCGAGAUGAAGCGGCUCGAAGUCGCCCGGGAGUCCGACAGCAUGAGCGUGUGGUGGUUGGUGCCGCAGUAUGCGCUGUUCGGUGUUUCCGACGUGUUCACCAUGAUUGGGCUGCAGGAGUUCUUCUACGACCAAGUGCCGGAGGCGUACCGCAGCCUGGGGCUGGGCCUCUACCUGAGCAUCUUCGGUGUCGGUGAAUUGCUCAGCGGGGGGCUGGUGUCAGCGAUAGACAAGAUCAGCAAGAUGGGCGGUGGAGACAGCUGGUUCGCCGACGACAUCAACCGCGGCCACUUCGACUACUUCUAUUGGCUGCUCGCCGUACUCAGUGCAGUAGGGUUGGCCCUCUUCUUGUGCUUCGCUAAGGCAUAUGUUUAUAAAAAAAUUGAUAAUCCUAAUUAACCUCGAAGACAUAUGCGUAUACCUAGGAGGUGGUUAAUUAGUGACCAAUGGUUAAUAAUCUACGUAAACUCCAAUAUUAUCAUAAAUCAGAUAUAAAUAUUAGAAGACA